UAUAUAUAAGUAGAUGUCAACAGAUCAGCUGAUAAUGGAUGCGCAAGUGUCAGUAAUAAUGCUCAUCGAAUUUGUGGCGAUAAUAUUUGACCAGUUUGUUUUGAAUUGACAUCGCAGUGUUUAGAAAAUAGAAUUUUUUAUCGAUAAUUAAUAAAAUGUCAGGAAUGUCAGCUAAAGUUUAUCAGACUGAUCAUGAGUUGGAAACACGCGUGAAAAAAGCGACCGAAAGAGUAUCCGAGAACAUGCACAUAGUAGCCAACGAGCCAUCGCUAGCAUUCUACCGACUGCAGGAACACGUCAGAAAAGCCUUACCCCCCAUGGUAGAAAAACGUGUCGAGGUGCUUGCACUUCAACGACAAUUACAGGGACGCUGUUACGACGUUGAAUACGCAGUCAGUGCUGUGAAAACAAUGCAAGAUGCUGAGAAAAGUUUUGGCAAUACGAUUGAAUUCAUCAAAAAUGCAAUACACUUCAAGCAGCAGUUGAAAUUUGAGGAGCAGAGGAGAAAUAAGAAGGACGGACAGAGGGAUUCCAUGUACAAGAGAUUGUCUGCACACAUUCCUACACUUGAUCAACUGCCCCAUUUUUCUGACGAAAUAUCGGAUGUUGUUAGAGAGACUGCAAAUCGGGUUGAAUCAUUGGUGAAUCAUGCCAGGCAUUCCAAUGAACUUCAGAGAGCCAAUACCACGCACAAUUAAUAUUACUUCAAUUAUUUCGAUGCGCUUAUUUGUUUGCUCGGUUGCAUUGCAAUGGAAAAAGUGACAAAUUAUGUAUAAUAUAUAAUAAUAUAAUAUAUAAUAUAAUAUAUAAUAUUAUAUAUAUAUCGGCUUAAUAUAUUAUAUAUUAUUAUAUUGUUACGUAUCCCCCUUCGAACCCUUUGGAGAUGUCAAACAAGACACAACUUCUUGUAUCGCUCUCUAGUCAAUUGGAUUAAUAAACCGCCCCAAUUAUUUAUCAA